ACACACACACGGGGAUCCACUGAUUUUUGUAAGACAGACCACAAACCAUCUUUAAUUACAGUUAAUUUAGGCGCUGAUCAGUAAAUCAGGGACUUAAGUUAUCUUCCCACAACCCCCUUUUUUACAUGUGGCUUUGUGAAAGUAUGUUCUGUCGAGAUUGAUUUUGAUUUUCAGCCUCUUUGAUGGUGAAAACACAAUGAGCCAACCGUGUGAACUGUGAUCAGUGUUUAGAGAUGAUCAGCUUUUAUCUCAACGGUUAAUUCAUUCAGAUGCAGAUCGGCUGUUAACAGCUGUUCCUCCAGGCAAGUUCUGUCUACGACGUGUUCAUCAAACAUACGUUUCUGCUCGUUUCAGGAUGACCAGGCACGUCCUUGUGUUGAAAUCUAUCAUUUGGCUUUGCUCGCUCUCUGACAAUGAGCUGGUGAAUCACUGCUGAUCCGGUCUAAACGACGCUGCAUCCAGAUCUCUGACUGAUCAGGCUCUGUAGAAACAGCUGCUGGAACACAGUCUGGUGAAUGUCAGGAAAAAAAAAAAAAAAGUUGCAGGCUGGUCAUUUUUUCUGUAUGCCUACAUGUUCCACUUUAGGAGGUUUCCCUCCACUUUCAUGUGCAUGCAGAACAAUGAGUAGUGGAAGUGGGCGCAGUGCUGUCGGACAGCUGUGUGCUGGAAGGGAGGGAUCGGGGCAGAGAUGGGAUGAGGGAGGAAGCAGCUCUUUGUGGUCACAUCCUCUCUGACUGAGGCCGGUCUCACAAGCCCCCAAACAGCUGCUGCAGGCUACAUGUGUUUGACUGUCUGCUCGCCGGGGCUGCGUGAUAAUAUGGGCAGACGUGUCGGAUAUCACAGCAUGUCGUUAGUUAUGCAUCGUGUUUGAGACGGUCUGCAUUAGUGGGUGGAAACAGUAGUUUGUUGAGGGAAUCAUUGGAUGCCCUGAAACAAUAAUGCAUUCAUUUUAGAGGUGGUGAUUCAGUGUUGCUUCUUUGUGACUCAUGGUUGUACAAUGAGAAAUGAUAUCAAAGUAUAUUGACUAAAAGGAGCUUUAUUCAUUUAUUUAUUUGUCACUAAUUUGAGUUUCCAUUUUAUUUAAGUCAUUUUAUUUUAUUCUGGUGCCCUUUUCUCCACAACAGCAUUGUGAAAAACAGCUGCAUUAAUUAAUACAGCUAGACUUAGAUUUUUGCUGCUCACGUUCUCUGCUGGCAUCAUCACUCUUUCUGAUGAGAAUGUUGUUUUUCAGCCCACACUUGAAUCAUAAUCUUACUAACUCUAACUAGUAUAUGCACUAAAUUAGCUGACCAAAAAUAUGGAUUUGGGUUGUGAUGGACAAUAGUCACAGGAAAUGGUUUAUGAAUUAACCCUUAUCAUCCCAAGCCUCUUGAGAGCCAAUGUUUUUUUGUUUUUUUUUAAUUCACAAACAAAUUAAACUAAAUGUGUGUUGCAGUUUAACUAAAUGUAUGUUUGAAAGUAUUGAUAGUAAUUGAAAUGUGUCCGACGGGUUUAUUUGAUCAUCCUGUUUGUCACGCGCUGUGCUGAGACUCGCAUUUCAUUCAUAUCUUUUAAAUUGUUGUUUACAAAUGUUAGCAACCUUUGCUUGUUUAUCGAUUAUACGUAAUGUCAGAGAAGCGAGCGUGUGUUGCUGACGUGUAUCUGCUGUGCUCUCUGUCUUGCAGGAGGCUGGUGGAGUAGAACUCUGACUGUGCACCGGUUGGAGAGGAGCUGGGAGUUGUUGUUGAGCAGCCAUCAUCUUGCACCGGUGAGACCUGCUGCUGCGUGUCACUUCGACAGAGGUCCUGAUCUCUGCUCCUGCAGCCUGCACACACCCCCCCCUCCCUCCAUCAGUGUUGGUGACCCAGCUCUGGACCGCUUGCUGCAGGGCCCUUCCUGAGCAGCAGCAGCUGCGUCCUGCUUGCUGACUCCCCUCCCUCCCCUGCUUCCUGUCCUUGGUCAGACAAGGCUAAAGCCUCCUCUCCUCUCCCCUACCCCAGCCCUCAUCUCAUACUUCCACACUCAAGUGUUUUCUGGUUGACCACACGUUCCAACAUCGCUUUAGACUACUAACGCUGAUCGGAGAUCGUCAGCAGGGGACUUCUACUCUCCCCCAUCCCCCCCACCCCAUUCCCCCUGGAGUGAGCAGCCACUACAGAGGUCCUCCCUUUCACCUACACCAUAGCAUCCAGCAUGACCACCAUGUCCAGUCUCUUCUCCUUCACGAGCCCAGCGGUGAAACGCCUGCUCGGCUGGAAGCAGGGAGACGAGGAGGAGAAAUGGGCCGAGAAGGCGGUUGACGCGCUCGUAAAGAAGCUGAAGAAGAAGAAGGGCGCCAUGGAGGACCUGGAGAAGGCUCUGAGCUGCCCCGGGCAGACCAGCAAGUGCGUAACCAUUCCACGAUCACUGGACGGCCGGCUACAGGUCUCCCACAGGAAAGGUCUGCCUCACGUCAUCUACUGCAGAGUGUGGCGCUGGCCGGACCUCCAGUCCCACCACGAGCUCAAGCCCCUGGAGGUGUGCGAGUACCCGUUUGGCUCCAAGCAGAAGGAGGUCUGCAUCAACCCGUAUCACUACAAGCGAGUAGAGAGUCCUGUGCUCCCUCCUGUCCUGGUACCGCGCCACAGCGAGUUCAACCCACAGCACAGCUUGCUGGUUCAGUUCCGCAACCUCACCCACAACGAGCCGCACAUGCCCCUGAACGCCACCUUUCCAGAGUCCUUCCAGCAGCCGCACAGUGGGGGCGGCAGCAGCGGAGGGGGGGGAGUCGGAGGGGGAGGCGGUUCUUUCCCCAUCUCUCCCAACUCUCCGUAUCCCUCUUCUCCAGCCAGCAGUGGUACUUAUCCCAACUCUCCCGCCAGCUCGGGGCCUUCCAGUCCAUUCCAGCUCCCAGCUGACACCCCACCCCCGGCCUACAUGCCCCCCGACGAGCAGCUGGGCCAGGAGAACCUGUCCAUGGAAACCAGCAGCAGCCUGGUGGCUCCCAACGUGGCCAGAGGAGAUGUGCAGCCGGUGGAGUACGAGGAGCCGAGCCACUGGUGCUCCAUUGUCUACUAUGAACUGAACAACCGCGUGGGCGAGGCUUACCACGCCUCGUCGACCAGCGUGCUGGUGGACGGCUUCACCGACCCUUCCAACAACAAGAACCGCUUCUGCCUCGGGCUGCUGUCCAACGUCAACCGCAACUCCACCAUCGAGAACACGCGCAGGCACAUCGGCAAAGGAGUGCACCUGUACUACGUGGGAGGGGAGGUGUACGCAGAGUGCCUCAGUGACACCAGCAUUUUCGUCCAGAGCCGCAACUGCAACUACCACCACGGCUUCCACCCGACCACUGUGUGCAAGAUCCCCAGCGGAUGCAGCCUCAAGAUUUUCAACAACCAGGAGUUCGCUCAGCUUCUGGCCCAGUCGGUCAACCACGGCUUUGAGGCCGUGUAUGAGCUCACCAAGAUGUGCACCAUCAGGAUGAGCUUCGUCAAGGGCUGGGGAGCCGAGUACCACCGACAGGACGUCACCAGCACCCCCUGCUGGAUCGAGGUGCACCUGCACGGGCCCCUCCAGUGGCUGGACAAGGUGCUCACACAGAUGGGUUCGCCCCUCAACCCGAUCUCCUCUGUGUCCUAAUGAUGGACUCGUGGGAGCUUGGGAGAUCCCUUCUACUAUAUUUUUUUUAUUUUUUUUUAUUUUAUUUUAUUUUUUUUAUUUUUUAUUUUUUUUACUUUUCUUCGCCCACCCCCCUCAGCGAUUGAUAAUUUAAGGUGGUCUUAAUGGCUGAACUGUUUACACUUAACUUUGGGAAGGGAUAUUGAACUCAGCAACAGCCCGAAUGAGUUGUUGGAACAGAGAAGCGUUGCAUGUGGAUGCCCAGAGAAAGAAGAGCGGUGACGGCACGGACACACUGCUGCUCGACAAUGCUACGACGCCCGCAAGAAUUUAGGGCUCCGCUGUCGCAUUUGACUCGUCAAAUGUUUCAUUUUUUUUUUUGCAUCAAGUUUUUGUUGUUUUUAUUUCUCUGUAUGUGUAGUUUUUUAAUGUAGCAGAACAGUCUCACUACUCCGCCUUAUGUCCGACAGACUAAUUUGAAUUUUACACUUUUUCUCACAUCGUUGUCUCAACAUCCGAUAUUUCCGAUGCGUAUGUUUACUGUCAGGCUCAGAUAUAACAGAUGCUUUCUUUUAAAUAGUCUCCACUGCUAAAAAUGAACACUGAGCUACUGCCUUUUUCACAAGGUGAUGUAUGCCGACCUGACUGUUUUUGAUAUGGGAGAUGAAUCACUGAACACGUUUAACAUGCCAUAAGCUAACAUUGUGAAUGUUUCAUCUAUUGCAGCAGAAGUAGUCGUCUAUGAUAUAAUCACACAGUGGACGUCAUCGCUAUCGAUUCUUGUUUGUACUCUCGAGUGCGAGUAAGAGUGACUGUAUUCUCCAUACUCACUGUAUUAACAAUAUUGUGCACUCGUGGAUUUUGUGCAGGAAUAUUAAAUUUUGACGUGGGUACCAAGGCAUUAUGUGGAUAGAUAAUUGACUUCAUUAGCGCAAUGAAAUAAACAGGUUAUUUGGUAA